GGUAAAUCACUAAUCCGAUAAUACAAAGAUCCAUUCCGGACCUUUUUCUUCCUUUUCUUCUUUUGCUCAUCUUGUUCCUCCACUUCUUUCUUCUUCACUAUCAUACUCACAAUGGGUUGAUGCCUUAAUGGUUUUGAAAACAAGUUAUUUUGUGCAUAUGAUGAAUCACCCUUGAGUAUUUAUAGGUUUUUGCUGAUUGGGACAAAUGUGGGUUCCACGAAUACCUUUACUCUUCUGUUAGUACAAAGAAAGGAAGCAAAACCCUUUCCGCGCCGUCGCCGGGGAAGAACAAGAAUCGCGCCGCCUAAUUGGAAAAAUUCAAAACUGAUUCGGAUCAGCAACUUCAUCAGAGUUGAUGAAAUCGGUCGCUGUCAAUCUGCGUCGUCGCCAUGACCUUCGCACUCCAUGGGGGUCAGAAAUUGCAGACCGAGAGUUCUUCUACGUGGUCUCGUUGCGGCUAAGCGGCGCAUUGCGCAGUAACAAUUUCGUGAUUCUCAUCUACAUGACCCUAAUGUUCUUCCUCAUCCUGGGACUCGUCGUCUUCACCUCCUCGUUAUUAUCGUGAUUUGGUGACUGAGGAUGCCACUGUAAGGAGACUUGAUUUAGCUUCCUGAGCAUUGGAUCCUUCCAUAAACUUAAGUGAAUAUGUAUAUUAUGUGGUCUGUUGCUGGUCUUCAUUGAUGUUCAAGCAGUUGUAUUUUAUCUUUAGGUUUAAUCCUUCAUUGGCAUACUUAAAGAGUUCAGAAGGUUAGAUUUCAUGGUGUCUAUUGGAUUCCUUUCUUGUCUGUUCAGAAUGUGUCUUCUUUAGUUUCAGUUAAAUUGAUUGCAGCAUUGAAAUCUAUCCUCAUCUUAGGUUGUUUCGAGUUUCAGUCUGCUGUGUAGUUUUGGGUUGAUUUAAUGGUGAAACUAAAGUUGAAUAGGCAUUGUCUUUAAUCUCAUUUGUGAAUAAUGACAAUUUUCAUCG